UCCUUAACAGCGUUACCCAAACGCCCACUUUAAAACUAUCCCUCCCACCCCUAAAUCAACACACACCCCAAACAAACAUCCUCUCUUCUCUUUCUGAUACAACCAACAAUGGACCUGCAACAAUCAAUAAGCAACCAAACCCACGUCUCCACCACACUCACAACCCACCUCCUCUCCAAAAACCCCAACACCAACGUUGUCUUCUCUCCUCUUUCCAUCCACGUGGUCCUGAGCCUGGUAGCCGCCGGUUCCAAGGGUCAAACGUUGGAUCAACUCCUGGGUUUCCUCAAAACCAAGGGUGUGGAUGACCUCAACACUCUUUCUUCUCAGCUUGUGUCCUUGAUCUUGGCUGAUGGUAGCCCCAGUGGUGGACCUAGGUUGUGUUUUGCAAACGGAGUUUGGGUUGACAAAACACUUGAUCUUAAACCUUCUUUUAAAGAGAUUGUGGACACUGUUUACAAAGCGGCUUCGAAUCAAGUUGAUUUCCAGACCAGGGCGGCUGAGGUAACAACUGAAGUGAAUUCAUGGGCCGAAAAGCAAACAAAUGGCCUUAUCAAACAAGUCCUCCCUGCGGGUGCAGUUAACAGUUCCACUAGGCUCGUCUUUGCAAAUGCAGUCUACUUCAAGGGAGCAUGGAGUGAGAAGUUUGACCAGUCAAAGACAAAAGAAUCUGAUUUCCACCUCCUUGAUGGCAACAAAGUUCAAGUUCCUUUCAUGACCAGCAAGAAAAAACAAUUCGUGAGCGAAUAUAAUGAUUUUAAAGUACUGGGUCUUCCCUGCUUGCAAGGACAAGAUAACCGCCAGUUCACAAUGUACUUUUACCUCCCAGAUGCAAAAAACGGCCUUCCGUCUUUACUACAGAAAAUCGGUUCCACAUCUGAUUUUUUUGACCGUCACAUUCCACGCCAAAAAGUAGAAGUCGGACAGUUUUUGUUACCAAAAUUCAAGAUCUCAUUUGGGUUUGAAGCUUCUGACGCAUUGAAAGAAUUAGGGCUUGUAUUGCCUUUCCACGGUGGGGAUGGUUUGACCGAGAUGGUUGACUCGUCGGUUGGUCAAAGUCUGUAUGUUUCGAGCAUUCACCAUAAAUCUUUUGUGGAGGUGAACGAAGAAGGUACCGAAGCUGCAGCAGCAUCUGCAGCCGUAGUGAUGCUCAGAUCAAUAAUGAGCAACGACAAGGUGGAUUUUGUGGCAGAUCACCCGUUUUUGUUUGUGAUUAGGGAAGAUUUGACGGGGGUCGUUUUGUUUAUGGGACAGGUAAUUGACCCUCGUGUUGGUUAAGAUCUUGGAUGCAUGUGAUGUUUGUAUUAUGGUUAUAAAUGUAGGCUUUAGUGUUUGUACUUUAUGAGUGCCAAUAAAUCUGUAGUGUCAUGAAUACAUUGUGUGUCCUGUUUUGAAUGAGAAUUAUAUUUUGACUUUUUUGGGCCAA